UCGAAACUGAAAGUAAGAGCUUCAGUGUCGAGAAGCCGUUCCAGAUCGCUGCACAGCAAAACUUACACAUUCUAUCAUAUUUGCUGUGUUUCCAAAUGCAGAACUGAAAUGUCUGUGGAGACCCAGAAAAGCAAUGGUGAGGUGAGAGAGGAGGAGGAGGAUGUUGUUCACUGCCAGAACCAGAUCGUGGCAUCUCCGGAUCCCAGCUGUGUGUCCAUGAAGAGUAAUGCAUCCGUAAAUCUGCCUCCUGUUUUCAGGGAUGAAACCGCGAACUCUGACCUCAGUGUCUCCUCAGAGUCUAGCUGUGUGUCUAUAAAGAGUGACGGAUCCAUAAAUCUGCCUCCUGUUUUCAGUGAUGGAGCAGUGACCUCUGGCCUCAGUGUGAAAAAGAAUGUUCCUGUCCAGCAUCAGUUAAAAUGUGGAGUUUGUGACCAGGUUCUGAAAGACCUAAUCUCUAUCACCUGUGGACACAGUUUUUGCAGAAACUGCAUCUGUUGCUAUUGGAAAAGGUUCGGUUCAUCAGAAAACUUUGCCUGUCCUCGAUGUAGAAAGAGAUCUAGAACACAGCCUGUUCUAGAAACACAUAAAAUCACAGGAGGAGCCAACCUGCCAAAUCCCAGUAAUGACAAGAAGCAUGAUUCUGAUCAACCAGUAUAUGAUAAACUGCAAAGAGUCAAAAACCAACACAAAACAAGUAUGAAGAACAAUUAUGAGAGAUUAUUUGAGGGAAUCAAACUACAAAAGAAUCAAACUCUGCUGAAUAAAAUCUACACACAACUUUACAUCAUAGAGGGAGAGAGUGAAGGGGUGAAUGAAGAACAUGAGGUUUUGCAGAUGGAGACAACACAUAGAGCACAAGACAGUCCAAUCUUGUGCAAUAACAUCUUUAAACCCUCACCUAAUCGAGUAUAUAAGGAAAAAGACAAAAUUAAAACCGUUCUUACUAAAGGCAUUGCUGGAAUUGGUAAAACUGUCUCUGUGCAGAAGUUCAUUCUAGAAUGGGCAGAGGGAAAAGCCAAUCAAGAUGUAGAUUUCAUGUUUGUGCUUCCAUUUCGAGAGCUGAACUUGAUUAAAGAUCACCAGUACAGUCUUCAAAAACUUAUUCUUGACUUUUAUCCUGAACUUCAAGAUCUGGACUUAAAGAUUUAUGAUGAAUGCAAAGUUUUGUUUAUCUUUGAUGGCCUGGAUGAAAGCAGAAUUACACUGAUGUUUUCAGACAGUACAAAAUUUUCUGAUGUGACCGAGACUUCAUCAGUGGAUGUAUUGAUGUCAAACCUCAUUAAAGGAGAGCUGCUUCCCUCUGCUCUCAUCUGGAUCACGUCCAGACCAGCAGCAGCCAGUUUGAUCUCCACCAAAUACAUUGACCGUAUGACAGAAAUUUAGGGAUUCACUGACCCCCAGAAAGAAGAAUAUUUCAGGAAGAAAAUCACUGAUGAGCAGCAAGCCAACAGAAUCAUCUCUCACAUUAAAAGGUCAAGAAGCCUCCACAUCAUGUGCCACAUACCAGUCUUCUGUUGGAUCUCAGCCACCGUGCUUGAAAACAUUCUAAAUAAAGAUCUCUGUGCAAAAAUCCCUCAAACUCUUACUGAAAUGUAUAUCCACUUUUUGAUGAUUCAGCUAAACAUGAGACAUCAGAAGUAUGAAAAGAGUGAUCCAGAGAAACUCAUUCAAUCCAACAGAGAAACAAUCAUAAAACUUGCUGAACUGGCUUUUAAACAACUGAUGAAGGGUAAUGUCAUGUUCUAUGAGGAGGACCUGACAGAGAGCAAAAUAGACAUUACCGAUGCCUCAGUGUAUUCUGGGAUUUGCACUGAAAUCUUUAAGGAGGAAUCUGUGAUUCAUCAGAGAAAAGUCUACUGCUUUAUACAUCUGAGCUUUCAAGAAUUUUUUGCAGCAUUUUUCACAUUUGUCUCAUUUUUACAAAAUAACAGUAAGGUUCUGAAAUUGUUUCUAAGGGGAAAAUCCAAAACUCAGUCUGAGAAACUUCAUCUGGAUAUAAUUCUGAAAGGAGCAAUAAACAAAGCCCUGACAAGUAAACAUGGACAUCUGGAUCUUUUUUUGCGGUUUCUGAUGGGAAUCUCAUUGGAUUCCAAUCAGAAACUCUUACAGGAUCUACUGACACACACAGAAAACACCUCAGAGAGCAUUAACAAAGUGAUCCAGCAUAUCAAGAAAGUUCAAAAAAAGAAUGCUUGUCCUGAACGAUGGAUAAAUCUCUCACACUGCUUGCUUGAAAUCAAGGAUAAAUCUCUGUUUGAAGAAAUCAAGAGUUUCUUGAGUUUCGGAAACAAAAACAAAACCCUUUCUCUUUUACAAUGUUCAACUUUGGCAAACAUGAUCUUGUCGUCAGAGGAAGUAAUGGAUGAGUUAGAUCUUGGAAAGUAUAACAUAAAAUCAAGAGAUGGUCAACAGAGGCUGCUACCUGCUAUUAAAAACUGCAGAAAAGCUCUAUGUGCAAGCUGUAACCUUACUGAUCAGUGUGGUGAAACUCUAGCAUCAAUUCUACAAUCACCAAACUCCUGUCUGAGAGAACUAGACCUGAGUAACAAUGACCUACAGGACUCAGGAGUGAAGCUGCUCUCUACUGGACUGAAAAGUCCCAACUGUAAACUGGAGAUACUUAGAUUGUCUGGCUGUAUGUUGACAUCGGAGAGCUGUUGUUAUCUGGCUUCAGCUCUGAGUUUAAACCCAUCACAUCUGAGAGAGUUGGAUCUGAGCUUCAAUCACCCAGGAGAAACAGGAGUCAAGAUGCUCUCUGAGACAAUGAACAAUCCUAAAAGCACAUUGGAGAUGCUUAACAUGAAUCAUAGAGGAGAGAUCAGGAUUACACCUGGACCUCGAAAAUAUGCCCUUGAUCUCACAAUGGAACCAAAUACAGCUCACACUUAUCUUGCUCUGUCUGAGGAGAACAAGGUGUUGACGUACAUGAGAGAUGAGCAGCCGUAUCCUCAUCAUCAAGAAAGAUUUGAUCAUCACCCCCAGGUUCUGUGUAGAGAGAGUCUCUCUGGACGCUGUUACUGGGAGGCUGAAUGGUGUGGAGAUGCUGAUAUAUCAGUGGCAUAUAAAGGAAUCAACAGGAAAGGAGAGAGUAAUGACUGUGUGUUUGGAUGCAAUAAAAACUCCUGGAGUCUUUACUGCUCUAAUAACAGGUUUAUCGCCCGUCACAAUAAUAAGAAAACCGACAUACGUGUCCCUUCGGGCUCUUCUAAUAGAGUAGGAGUGUAUCUGGAUGUGCCAGGUGGCACCCUGUCCUUCUACAAUGUCUCUGACACACACAAGCUAACACACUUACACACAUUCACCUCCACGUUCACUAAAAACCUCUAUGCUGGAUUUGGUCUUUAUUUCCUCAGCUCCGUGUCUCUGUGUCAGAUUUCUGUUUGAGACAACAAACCCACGUCUAAAACAACGCUGAUUGUAUUUGGACCUUCUCCAUUUCAAAUGGGCCAUUUUGAACAUUCUUCAAGUCUCCAUUACAAAGUUUAAUUUUAGAAAUAUUUAUAUACAAUUAUUGAUAGUCCCUAUUUACAACUGAAAAGCAACCUAGGCCUACUACUUAUUAUAACGAAAAAAUGCGAUCAGUGUGACUGAGCCAAUCAGCUAUGCGAGUUAUGCAAUUCAUAAAUCACUAAUCUGUUCUUUACGCACACUAUCUAAAUAAUAGAUCCAUUAUGCAGCGUAGAGAGCUUUAAUUGAUUUAAAUGGAACUUCUAAAGUUUAUUAGGAAAGUCUGCUAAUAUAAUAUUGAUUCAGAAAUGGAAGAAUUCAUUAAACAAGAUGUAAAUAUUAAGUGUUUUACAUUGUACAACUAUAACAGUAUUGCCUGAUUUUGAUCUAUUUAGUCAAUAAAAGUCUCAAUUAAAACAUG